AUGUUCUUUCGUCGCAUUUUGGAACGCAAGGAUAAUGCGCCGUCGCUGCCCAUGACUACGGCGGAUUACAACAGCGAGGACAGCGAGAGUGUCACUUACUUUGGCAGUAAAGUCAAGGACAGCAAUAACAACCAGGAGGCCUCCGCCUCCCAGCCGAAAAUGCAGCAGCGCCCACGACCGGAGGCCGCCCCCAUAGGAGCCGUCCAGCUCACACCGCUGUGGGAGCACAUUCUCCGCACCCGCCGCCUGCCGGAAACCAUUUGCUCCGGCUCCAUGUUUGCCGAGUUCCACGAGCGCCUCCAAGACCCCGAGUGGCAGGUGCGCCAGCAUGCCCUGCGCGUCCUCGUCGAUGUGCUGGUGGUGAUGCAAGACGAGGCCGACGAGCACAUGGAGCGGCAGCAACUCGUUGUCUUGCUGGUGGAGAACUUGGGACAUCAGGCUCCUACCGUGCGCAAGGGAGCCCUCGACUGUCUGAGGGUCUAUCUUGCCGAGACUGCUGUUCCAGAGGCGGUCAUAAUGAGGAUUCUAGACGCCGGCCUGGCCAAGCAAACCCAGAUGGAGGCGGAGCACCCGGGUCGCCUUAGUUGUGGCGUCUUGCUAUCCCUUCCAGCCCUGCUGCAGUCCAUUCUGCACACCCCGCAGCGACAUCGCAUUGUUAAGAGGGCCUUGGAGCGGGUUGUCCAGCACUUGGACCAACUGGCCCAGCAAGAGAUUGCCCUGAAGGUGCUCUCCAAGAUGCGAGAGCUGCUGGGAGUCCACGAAUUCGAGGACACCAUGAAUAAACUGGAUCGCAGCGAUGCCCUGGCUAAGUAUUAUCAGCUGUGUCAGGUUUAUGGAGUUUCCGGAAAGCCCAAGAGAUCUGGGGAGUCGGGUAAGACAGGAGCCUGGCGCGCCCUGCCCCGUGACCAAAGCUGGAGAAACACCAGUGUCGCUGGCCAGAACCUGGACAACUCCUGCCCCGACAAGGGAAAGGUCAUUAUGGAGACGGAGAUCAAGAUCAACGAUGACACCGUGACCAUGCGUCUCCUUGAGGCAGACACCGAGACGGAGGAGUCUGAUAGCCCAGCCCGUACCUAUGCCCAGGAUGUGGAGUCCAAGGAUCUGGUGUGCCGGCCUCUGGUCAACCCAGGUGGACUCAACGUGCAGGCGGGCAUUGUUCGGGUGAUAAGUGACUCGGAGCUGGACGAGCCCCGGCCUGGCCAUCGGGAGAGCGUGUCCGAGCCCAGUACUCCCUCGCGGGGUCUAAAAAGAGUGACCUUUGGCGGGGAGAUAGUGAAGAUGAGGACCCCCGACAGUGAUGCCGCCUCCUCCACGAAUAACUCUAGGAAUGCUGGUGAGGGUACACCCAUUCUGGUCCUGGGUGAAGUCUCACCCUCUCCCGUAGAAGAGCAGCCAGCGGUGAAUAUUCUGAGUCCGCCCAGCGAUGACAUGGCCACGGCUCUUGUAGUGGAGAUACCCUCCGACAACACCAAGCCCUUGCCUCCGUCAAGACCCUUUAGCUCUCAUAGUUCUCCAAGGCAAAAGGUAACCAGCAGUUCCAGGGAUCACGAGCCUUCACCUGUCAAGGAGGCCAAGCCCUCCACAUCGCCAAGAUCCCCCAUUUACAAUCGCAGCCGCAGCACCAGUCCCAACAUCAGCCCCAAGGUGCCGCACAAGCAGAUCGAGGUGCUGCACAACCUCCAAAGGGAUCCCUCACCCAGAUCUCAGAGACGUUCGGAGGAGGAGGAGGAGGACUCCCAGCUACCCACCAUGGAAACCUCAUCACCCUCACCCACUCUACCCGCUCAAAGGAACCGCUCGGACUCUGUGAUGUCCCUGGAGUCCCCAGCCACGCCCAAGUCCUGGGAGGAUCUGGGCAUUGUCAACUACAAGACGCUGAUGGACCUGCGUUCCGGGGAUUGGCGCAACCGUCUGUUGGGCAUUGCCCAGCUGGAGCAGGCCCUCAGCUCUUCUAGCACUUUGGCUUUGGUGCAGCCAUAUCUGGACAGUCUGUUAAGGACCCUACUCUCCUCAGAGCGCCACUUUGAGGUGGCCGAGCUGAAGCGAGAGCUGCUGGUGAACCUGAUCACCCGCCUGCCGCUGGACAACUUGGAAGAGCGCACGCCCCAAAUACUCACAGGACUGUGCCGGCAGGGCAAUGCGGGGGCCAAUCGAGUGUGCAAGGCACUGAUGCAGCGCCUGCCGGCGGGCACCAUUGUGGCCAGGCUCACGUCCCCGGAGUUUCUGCACGCAAAGAGCUCAAAGUUUCGGGACCACGCCCUGCAAAUGUCCAUCUUCGCUUUGAUGACCUUGCCGGGCACCUGCUUCGACAUCAACCUGCUGACUGCUCAGGCGGUCUAUUCCCUGCUUAAUCGAAAGCGACGUGUCCGCCAGGCCGCCUUGGAAGUGCUGGCCGUCCUGUCGGACAUCUCCUCCAAGAAGGAGGUCCUCAGUAUUGUCUCGGAGAUGGCCCAGAGUGUGGAUCUGGGACCGCUUAUGCUGGAUGCGGCCAGCGUGCGCCUCUCCCGGCUGCAGCUGCCCAUAGUCACGCCGGACAGUGCUGUGCUGUUCGUCUUCAACCAGACGGAUCAGCCGGGAAUCAGGCGAUCAGGAGCGGAUGUGGAUUGGAUCUGCCAGGGCGAGGGAUCCGCCUCGCCUAACACUAUAAAGAGGAGACGGAUGCGGGCGGCGAGCAGCCAGCGUGGGAUCCAGGAGGGCGCCGGGGGAAAAGACAAGAAGGACAUGUUUCCGAGUUUCAGCCAAGUCAAUGAGAGCUUGUAUCGCCACUCCUUUCAUUCGCCGCCAGAAACUUUGGACAUGACUAGCCCAACGACAGACUUUUCGCAGAGAUUAAGUUUUGGUGCUAAGACUAUAAACGGAAACUUUUUGGACCGUCGACUGGUGGCCAAGGCCUGCUCGGACACUUCGAUGGAUGGUCGAAGCACUGAUAGCACCACCACCACCUGUAGCAGUGGAAGCGCCACCAGUAGCUUUAUACAGCUAACUUCUAGGAAUGUUCAAGGAAUAAAUUCUAGAUUUCCCGCCAUGAACCAGCACACGGACUUUGAGAACAACUUGAUGCGUAGCAUGCACCGGAACACCUAUCCCUAUGCGGCUUAUCCAAAGGUCAUGCCAAAGAACCAGCAGCGAAACAAGUUGCAGCACCAAAACUCCUUCUCAGUGGCUAGGAAUGCUCCACCAGCAGCUACAGGCUUAUCAAACCCGGAACCCCGAAGACAGCUUUCCACUGGUGCCAUCGACUGCGCCGACUCCGCUAAAUCAGUGGAACCCACGCCCAAGGCAGCCACAGCGGUCAAAGACACCACCGAUGGCAAUGGCUCUCCUUUCUCUGUUAAGUCCACCAGCUACUCUCAAAAGUCCACAGCCUCGGCCAAGUCCUGCGACAGCCAUGGCCUGGAGUUGGCUACCAGCGAGCGGCUUGAGGCAGGCCUUGAGAGGAAUCCCCUGGAAGCCUUUGGAGAACUAGUGGUAGACGACAUCGAAGAGGAGGAGACCGAAGCGGAGCCUGCUGUCCCGGAGGAGGCACUUAAGCGCCAGGGUAGCCUCAACAGCCUGCACAGCAAGACGGAGAGCAUCAAGACGCAGCUGGAGGACACCACGCCGCAGCUUUCGCGGGCUCAGUCCGUCAAGUCUUUGCCCAUCGAAGAGGACAUUGAAGAAAGCAACAGCUUUGUGGUGGUGGAGGAAGUGCAGCAUGAGCUGGAGUCCACGCCGCCGGAGACCACACCUGUCAGGGAGUUACAAGAGGAGCAAGUGAAAACAGGAACCCCCAAAACCAUUAUCUCCCAUGACGACAUAGUAAUCCCUUCCCGUUGCGUUUCCCUGGAAUCCCUGUACGGAGCUCGACCCGCCUCCAAGCAGGGCUCACUGGACACUAGUACCAGCACCACCACCGAGAGUGGCUCUCAAGUGAUGGCCACCCUACCUGCCCAGACCCCGCAGCAUGCGCCGCUGAAGCAGAAAUCCAAAACAGCUUAUUUCCUGCGCGGACGAAGACGCGUCUCGCCGGUGAAGCAGGCCAUCAAGAUGUCCCAGGCGGAGCUGUUCCCCCAGAACAUGUCGCGCUUCGAGAAGCCGCGCGAGGCCCUGCUCAAGACCUUUGAUGAUCUGGACUCUAGCAACUGGGAGCAGAACGUGGCCGGACUGAAGAGCAUGGUGCGUCUGAUCCGCUACCAUGGCGACACUCUGGACAAUCAGAUGCACAUGACCUGCAUCCAGCUAACCCGUUCGGUGCGCAAUCUACGCUCCCAGGUGGCCCGCGCCUCCUGCCAGGCAGCCUCCGAGCUCUUUGCCCUGAAGUCCUCGAGUCUCCAGCAGGAAUGCGACGAUCUGGUGUGUGCCCUGCUCCACCGCACCGCCGAUACGAAUCGGUUUCUGCGUGCCGAUGCCACACGUGCCCUGGAGUCCAUGGUGGAUCAUGCCCAGCCCGCCAAGAUUCUGAAUAUUUUGGCCUCGAAGGGAGCCCAGCAUCAGCAUGCCUUGGUGCGCACCACCACGGCCAAGCUGCUCUUCCGUUUGGUGGAGCGACUGGGCAGCGAUCGUGUGUAUGCCAUGGGCAGGGAGAACCGCGACAAGUUCUUUGUGGUGGGGGCCAACCUGCUGCUGGAGGGCAGCCUGGAGACGCGCAGCUAUGCCAAGUCUUUGUUCCGCGCUCUGUCCGAGCACCAAGCGUAUCAGCGUCUGCUGCUGGAGGUGAUACCCCCACGCACUUACAGGAAUGUGGAGAAGACGCUGAGGGGGAUCAAGUAGGAUCCCCAUCCAGCCCCGCUCAAUAUGUGUACAGCUUAGGUGUAUUUAAGGCGCACAUUCUCUCUCGGAUUGGAUUCACAACAAAUAGACCAUCAUUUUAGGCGGUUAAUCGACAUUUUUAACUAGGAGUUCUUAAGCUAAUCUCGUAAAGACUAAUAAAACAUUGUUACAA